GUGAUCAGGCAGAGCAGCUCAGACUGCAGCAGGACUCCGUAGCUCCCGGUCGGCUCCUUUCUCCGUCUGUCAGGACGAGACGAGCUCUGAGAGCUCAGCUUUGGUCUCAGGUGAAGUGGGAGGCGGGGGAGGAGGAGGGCCUCCGCCCCGGAGCUCUGAGGGAGGAGAUGAAAGCACAAUGGGAGCAGGAGGUCUGGGUGGCUGCUCUGUGACACGGAAACGCUGCUGGAUGAGCUCUGAUAGGAGAGCGGAUCCUCUGGGAUGAGCUGGGAAUGUGCUUCCUGUGAGGAACAUCUGGAAUACUGAGAGGAGAACAGGAGGAGAACGGAGGAGGAGAACAGCAGCCGGGUCGGUGUGGGGAUGUUCCUGCUGGAGCAGAUGGAGAGAGGAACUCCUCAGAGGAAGACCGUCUACAGGAUCUCCCUGACGCUGGUGAAGAGGGAGAGUCUGGAUGAACCCAGGGGGGAGGAGGAGGGGGGCCCCCCACCGGGGGCCGUCAGGAAGGAGGGGGGUUUGUUGGAGCAGCUGAAGGAGGUGGAGGACGAGUCUGAGGGUCUGAGUGGAUCCCAUGGCUUCAUGAGGAGAUUCAGGACGUUCAGCACCGGCCAGCUGGAGCUGGGCCGCAUCAGGAGGUGCAGGAGGAGCCAGAGGGAGGAGCCCGGGGGGAAGGAGCCCGGGGGGAAGGAGCCCGGGGGGAAGGAGCCCGGGGGAAAGGAGCCCGCAGGGAAGGAGCCUGUCAAGGCUGAGACCGCUGCUGCCAAGGUUAGGAGGCUCCUGAAGGCCCGCAGCAUGGAGGAGAGGAGCCCCCCUCCAGGGACCAAUGGGGCCCCUUCUCCCCCCUGGAAGCCGGGGCUCCUUCAGCGCAGCUUCAGUUUCAGAACCAGGAUCAGCGGAGAGCUGCUGCGUCUGAGGGCCCUGUCCAGACAGAGGCACCACAGCAGCUCCGACUGCAUCACCGGGCCCCCCACCGGGCCCCCGACCCCCACAACCCGCCGCCACAGCCGGGAAAAGAGCCGCACCCUGGAGGUGGGCGCCGUCCUCAACCGGACCGACUCCCUGACGGAGUUAAGCCGUCGGGAGAGGGCCCGGGGCAACAAGAACCGGACCCUGGACAACAGCGACCUGCUGCGGCUGAGGGCCGAGGGAGAGGGGGGGUCCCUGCUGCGGGGGGGCGGGGGCCGCUCCAGCGAAAGGCGUCUGGGUCGCUUCUUCAGCGGGAUCUUCUCCAGGAGGGACGGCGGGGCCAGUCCGGCCGGGAGCCCCGGCUUUGGGCGGUCCCUGAGGCGCAGCAGGAGGACGGCGUCCUCGCAGUCCAGCACGGAUAGCGUGAACGGAACCGGCGCCGACGAUGCCUUCGUGAACAGCCAGGAAUGGACCCUCAGCCGGAUGGUACCAGAACUGAAAGUGGGCAUUGUGGGUAAUCUGGCCAGCGGGAAGUCGGCGCUGGUCCACCGGUAUCUGACGGGAACCUACGUCCAGGAGGAGUCUCCUGAAGGAGGACGCUUCAAGAAGGAGAUCGUUGUGGACGGCCAGAGCCACCUGCUGCUGAAGAAGAUAAAGGGGAGGACCCCCAAGGCCAGUUUGCUCUGGGGGGUUGGAACCCCGUGGCCCUUCUCGUCUUCACCUGGGGGACAGAAUCAGUUCCAGACGAUCUACCACUACUACAGCCGCCUGGCGUCCUACAGGAACACCGCCGAGCUGCCGCUGGUUCUGGUCGGGACCCAAGACGCCAUCAGCUCCACUAACCCCCGGGUGAUCGACGACAGCCGGGCCAGGAAGCUCUCCAACGACCUCAAACGCUGCACCUACUAUGAAACCUGCGCCACCUACGGCCUGAACGUGGAGCGGGUCUUCCAGGACGUGGCCCAGAAGAUCGUGGCCAUCAGGAAGAAGCAGCAGCUCUCCAUCGGACCCUGCAAGUCCCUCCCCAACUCCCCGAGCCAUACGUCUGUCUGUGCGGCGCCUGCCUCAGCCGUCCACGUCAGCCAGACCAGUAAUGGCGGUGGUGGAGGUGGCAGCCUGAGUGACUACUCGUCCUCAGUGCCGUCCACGCCGUCCACCAGCCAGAAGGAGCUACGCAUCGACGCCCCGCAGACCACCAACACGCCCACCCCGGUCAGGAAGCAGUCCAAACGCCGCUCCAACCUCUUCACCUCGAGGAAGGCCAGCGAUCCAGAGAAGGAGAAGAAGGGUCUGGAGAAUCGGGCCGACAGCAUCGGCAGCGGGCGGGCCAUCCCCAUCAAACAGGGCAUGCUGAUGAAGAGGAGCGGUAAAUCCCUCAACAAGGAGUGGAAGAAGAAGUACGUGACGCUGUGCGACAACGGGCUGCUCACCUACCACCCCAGCCUGCACGACUACAUGCAGAACGUCCACGGGAAGGAGAUCGACCUGCUGCGGACCACCGUCAAGGUUCCAGGGAAGCGGCCGCCCCGCGCCGUGUCCGCCUGCGCCGCCGCACCGGGCGCCAGCACCAACGGCCUGGUGAAGGACAUGAGCAGCAUGCAGCUGGGACAGAACCCAGGUUUGGUGUCCAGCAGCUCGUCGGCGUCCCAGAUGGCCAGCGGCGUCAGCCUGGUGUCCUUCAACAGCCGCGGCGCGGAGGGCAUGCACCAGCGCUCCUACUCCGUCUCCAGCGCCGACCAGUGGACCGACGCCACCGUCAUCGCCAACUCCGGAGUCAGCACAGACACUGGUUUGGGCGACUCGGUCUGCUCCAGCCCCAGUAUGUCCAGCACCACCAGUCCAAAGACGGAGCCGCCUCCAUCGCCGCACGCCAACCGCAAGAAGCACCGGCGGAAGAAGAGCACCAGUAACUUCAAAGUGGAAGGCCUCUCUGGUACUGCUGAAGAACAAGAGGAGAACUUUGAGUUCACCAUCGUGUCGCUGACGGGUCAGACGUGGAACUUCGAGGCCACGUCGUACGAAGAGCGGGACGCCUGGGUUCAGGUCAUCGAGAGCCAGAUCCUGGCCAGCCUGCAGUCCUGCGAGAGCAGCAAGAACAAGUCCCGCCUCACCAGCCAAUCAGAGGCUUUGGCUCUCCAGUCCAUCAGGAGUAUCCGUGGCAACGGCCGCUGUGCGGACUGCGACGUACAGAACCCGGACUGGGCCAGCCUCAACCUCGGCGCUCUGAUCUGCAUCGAGUGCUCCGGCAUCCAUCGGAACCUGGGGACCCACCUGUCCAGGGUCCGCUCCCUGGACCUGGACGAGUGGCCGCUGGAGCUCAUCAAGGUGAUGUCGGCCAUCGGCAACGAGCUGGCCAACGGCGUGUGGGAGGCCAACGCCCAGGGACGCCUCAAACCCGGGCCUGACGCCAGCAGGGAGGAGCGGGAGCGCUGGAUCCGGGCGAAGUACGAGCAGCGCCUGUUCCUGGCCGCGCUGCCCUCCGCCGACGUGCCUCUGGGCCAGCAGCUGCUCAGAGCCACGGCCGAGGAGGACCUCCGCGCCGUCGUCCUUCUGCUCGCCCACGGCUCCCGCCAGCAGGUCAACGAGACGUACGGCGACGGCUGCACCGCGCUGCACCACGCCAGCCACAAGGGCAACGUGGUGAUCCUCCAGCUGCUGAUCUGGUACGGCGUGGACCUGAUGGCCAGGGACGCCCACGGGCUAAGCGCCAUGGCGUAUGCCCGGCAGUCCAACCACCAGGAGUGCGUGGACGUCCUGGCGCAGUACGGCUGCACCGACGAGCGCUACCCUCUCAUGGCCACGCCCAACCUGUCGCGGCGCAACACCAACCGCAACAACAGCUGCAGCAGCCUGGGCAGCGCCGCGCUCAUCUGACCGCCGCACGCCGGCCCCUUCAUGUCGCGACGCUAAGCCACGCCCACCACCCGCUUCUAAUGGGAGAGCCUCAGGGCAGGACGGACAAACCCCAAAGCAUGAUGGGAGAUGUGGUCCCCAGUCUUUGAAUUAACCAGGCCAGUUCAACCAGUCUGAACUCAUAUCAGCUCCCAGUGAAACCAGUUGAAGGAACUCUGGCUCCCAGUAGAACUGACUGUUUUUAUUUAAAGCAUUGUUGUGUAAAUAGAGCUGUGUGAGCGUGGCUGGACCAGAGGUUGGACGCGUCGUCAUGGACGACGAUGAUGAUGAUGCCGAGGAUGAUGAUGACGAUGAUGAUGGUGGCUGGGUGUAUAAAGUCCUAAAUGUACAGACGUGUUUUCAGGCUCAGGGAACGGAGACUCUCCAUGUCGGCCUCCAUCUUGUUUCUCCCGGCCGCUCCUUCAGUAUUUAUCCACCCAGAUCUUCGCCUCUUCUGUCCAAUAAAGGAGCUAAAGGGAAGCCAUCGUCUUCAGCCCAGCUGAUGCCGUCCGCUCGCCGCCGCUCGGCUUCGCCGCAACCUCCAAGAAGGGCUGUUUCUUCUUCUCUGCUCUAAAAACCUUCUUCUGUAAAUAAUGCUCCUCUGUUUCUUCGGAUCGUGUUUGUGAAUGAAAACAGGAAGUGUGUGAAGCAUCGGGCCGCAGACAGGAAGUGGUCUGUUGUGUAGAG